AGUCAAUCAACUAAAUUGAAACACUUAAUCCAGUGAUUAAAGAAAAUUACCUUUACAUUUAAAUUGUUCCAACAAUUAAACAAAUUCCACCAUGGCAACAGCUCACACAGCUCCAGGUCUCCAUGUUGAAGUAGCUAAGGCGAUGUUUGCCAAACGUAAUCCUGAUCUAGAAACUAAAGUUCUCAAAUGGAUAAGUGAAAUUAUCGGUGAAAAAGUUCCCAAAUAUCAAGGAACUCCCUAUGAAGAGGCUUUGGCUGAUGGUGUUUUCUUAUGCAAAUUAAUGGAGAAAUUAAAUCCCGGAUCAGUGAGAAACAUUGACCUGGAACCUAAACACGCAUUCAAAGCGGUUGAAAAUGUCGCCAAAUUUUUACGAGCGGCUCAAAAAUAUGGAGUACCUGAAGAUGACCUUUUCCAAACCGUUGACCUGGUCGAGAAAAAGAAUACACCUCAAGUGACCGCUACAAUCGUCGCCGUUGCUCGAGCAACUUGGCUCCAUCCAGAAUUCAAGGGACCUCAUUUAGUUGGUAAAUCAGCUGAACCUCAACCCAGACAUUUUGAUGAGAAACAAUUAAAAGAAAGCGCUGCUCUUGGAUCACUUGCCUUAUAAAAUCUAAUUAAUUACAAUUCCCUGUUACUAAUUAAUUUGAUUACUACCUUCACCUUCCCCUCGUCAGCUUAAAUUUCUGAUCUUUACAUUGGAACAAGUGAAAGGAAAACAAUCAAUUGUUUCAAUUAAACUCUCCAACCAAUCAACUUAUUAUCAUGUUAAUUUGUUUCUUGUUAAUCUGAAUUUGUUUUUAAUUUUGUUUGCUCUUUGAUUGUUAUCGUUUUUUUUCUGUCAAUCCUUACAAUUAAAUUUAUUCAAUUGUUAA